AUGGGUGUGCUUGAAGAACUGGUUGCCGAUCCGCAGAAGACGGUUGUUGGCGGUUUGGACGAGCGCAGAUUGCUCGAGCAGGCGAAGCGGUUUGUUGAUCCGAUCGCGAAGGCAAACUCGGUUCUGGACGAAAUUCACGUUGAUGGCCUUACUCCGUCUCAGGUCUGGGGACAGGUCAAACUUGUGAUCGAUGGUGUGAACGAGCGUGUUUGGGGAGACGAGUGGGAGGACGAGAGUGAAGCGGAUUCCCAGACCAGCGGCGAAGAGGAGGAGGAACUGGGAGAGAUUGAAGAAAGUGAAGAAAGUGGACAGUCUGAAGAGUCGGAGAAUGAGGAGCAGGAGAGCGAGGAGGUUUACGAGAGUGCACAGGAGGGUGAGUUGGGCUCUGACGCAGAGUUCUUUGGUGCUGAUGAGGAGAAUGAGUCGGAUUCGUCUGACGUGGACGUUGCUCCCGCCAAGGACGCAUUUGGACUGAACGAUCAGUUCUUUUCGAUCGACGACUUCAACAAGCAGGUGAUGGACAUGGAAGGCGAUAACAGCGAGAUUGACCUGGACGUGGACGACGAGGAGUCCGACGACGAGAUCUACCACUACGACGAUUUCUUCAAGCAGCAGGUGGAGCAAAAGGAGCAGAAGAAACAGAAAGCAAAGAAACAGAAAGCAAAGAAACAGAAAGCAGUCGCUUUUGAUUUGAACGAAGACGAUUACGACGCCGCAUUCGACUCGGUUCUGGCCGACUAUAACUCCAACACGGAGCAGCUCAGUACGUUCGAGAAGCAGCAGCUCAAGCUGCAGCAGGAAAUCCAGGGUUUGGAGGCCGAGGCCAUCAAGGACAAGGAGUGGCAGAUGAAGGGAGAAGCCGAGGCCAAGCAUAGAGCAGCCGACUCGCUAUUGGAGGAGGAGCUCGAUUUCGACAGAGCAGCCAAACCGGUCCCAGUGAUAACACAGGAAAGCACAGAAACCAUAGAGGAGAUAAUCAAACGGCGUAUCAAGGAGCGCAACUACGACGAGCUCAAGAGACGUGUUGUUUCUGAGCUGAACGACUUCCGGCCGUCGAAGAAGGUCGAGGUGAGCGAGGAGAAAUCCAGCAAGUCGCUUGCCGAGAUUUAUGAGGAGGACUAUCUGGGUAAGCAGGAUGACGCAUCGAGCGCUGAGCUGAAACAGGCCCACGACGAGAUUAGUGUUCUGUUUGACAAGCUGAACCACCAGCUGGACUCUUUGAGCUCUGCGCAUUUCGUUCCAAAGCCAAAGGAGAGACAAUUGGAGAUCAAGGUGCAGACGUCGAGUAUUUCGAUGGAAGACGCGCAGCCGUUGACAAUGUCAACCGCACAGGCCCUGGCACCUCAGGAAGUGUACAAGCCUGUGUCGAAGGUGGGAAAGAACGAGGUGAUGCUCAAGUCGGGAGUGGUGAUGUCGAAAGAGGAGCUUUCGAGAGAGGAGAAACAACGUCUCAGACGGGCCAAGAAACGGAAACAACACAACGAGCGCAGAGAGGAGGGCAAGAAGAAACGUGUGCAGAAGAGCGAUCAGCAAUAA